AUGUUCGCGAAUAAAAACUACGAGAGUGAUAUAAAAUAUACUACUGAAUUAAAUCGCUUUAUCUGCCGUUUAUUGGGUAUCUGGCCACGUAUGGGCGCGAAAACCUCGUUUGUCGAAAAUGUCAAGAACAUCUUGCUGAUCCUAAUUUGUUAUUUUUUUCUCUGUAGCGAGUUAAUACCGACAAUUUUAUACGUAAUUAUCGUCGAAAAACGUCCUCGCAUUCGAUUGAAGCUUAUAUCGUCCGUGAUGUUCACAAUAUUAGCGGUACUCAAAUAUUGCAGCUUAGUAUUCACCACGAAUCGAGUGAAAAGUUGCUUGAUGCAAAUGCAAGACGAUUGGCGAAACGUCGCCAACGAGAGCGCUCGUUAUUUCAUGCUCGACAAAGCAAGAAUCGCGAGGCGUUUAAUCAUUCUGUGCGGUAUAUUCAUGUACACGUCCGGUUUGUAUUUCCGCACGAUAGUGCCGCUGAGCAAGGGAAAGUCCGUCACCGAUCAGAACAUUACGAUUAGAUAUUUGCCGUGUCCAGGUUAUUUCGUUUUCUUCGACGGGCGGGUUAGCCCCGCUUACGAAAUUAUAUUUUUCAUACAGUUCUUCUCCGGAUUUAUAAAAUACAACAUCACGGUGUCGAUCUGCAGCCUCGCCGCGAUCUUCGUCAUGCAUACGUGCGCACAGAUUGAGAUAUUAAUGAUGUUAAUAAACAAGUUAAUAAACGAACGGGAAAUCAAGAACUUGAGCAAGAGAUUGGCCAUCGUCGUGGAAUAUCAGAUCAGAAUGCGGAAUUUCUUGCAAUUGGUGCAGAAUGCUUUGGAGCACACGAGUCUGUUGGAAUUGUUGGGAUGUACGAUGAUCGUAUGUCUCCUAGGACACGAUGUUAUCACGGAGUGGGAGGACCAAAAUAUUGUAGCGAUGAGCUCGUAUCUCAUUCUACUCACGUCACUUGGGUUCAACAUUUUUAUCUUUUGUUUCAUCGGUGAACAACUCUCUCUGGAGGCUGACAAAUUAUCAUUGACAGCGUGCACAUUAGACUGGUACCGUCUUCCUGAUGAGAAAGCACGAGAACUGAUUUUAGUCAUAGCCAUGUCGAAUAUCCCGACAAAACUUCAAGCCGGGAAGUUCAUUGAUCUUUCUAUUAAAACCUUCGGCGAUGUCGUUAAAACGGCUGUGACAUAUCUUAACCUUAUUCGAAAGGUUAUGGAAUAAAUAAUUUAACUUUCUGUGUAUUACAAUAAAAUAUUUAUCUGAAUAAUUUUUCUGUAGAGAUAUAGAUUCAUAGCGUCACUUCGUAUAAAUAUUAAUUAAUUAAUUUUAAAAUAAAUAUAUUUAAAUAUCAAGCGUUAUAUAACAUAAAUAAUUUUCUUUUUAUUAUAUUUUUCCCUGAAAAGUGAGGCAAUGUAUAAUUCA